GGGGGUAGAAAGGCGCAUACCAAUUGACGAAGCAUUCCGCUUUCUUUGAAUGAAAUGCUGUGAAUAUGACUCCGGGUUCCCCCCACCUCCACCUCCACCUCCACCGCCACCGCCUCCCUCUCUGAGCGUCCGUGUCUGCGACUAUCAGCCGGAGCAGCCGCACGGGACAAACUGGGGGGAAAAGUGAUGGGAAAGUUGCGCUGAUCUUGUGUCCGGUUCUGGCGGAUGAGAAGAGGACUGGACGAAAGUUUUUCGACCUCAAGUGACCGAUUCAAAAACUGGACUGAAAUGAUGUGACUCUGGACCUGCAGCUGCCGCUCGGGUUGUUUGUUUUGCGCACUUUGGACGUGCGGUGGAUUUAUCAGGCUUGUUUUGUCUUCUUUUUUUUUUCUGAAUAUAUAUAUUUUGCGCCAGUUGAGUGGGAUCGCGGCGGGAUGAACCCAAAGAAAGGAUAGAGCUCUGUUACUCCUGCAGAGUUUUAACACAUGCUAUCAUUCACUUUGGCCCCAACUACGCGAACGGGACAUGUGUUGAAUUUUUUACUCUCCUUGGAACUCUUCCUCUACUGUUUUUCCUUUUUUUUUUAUUCCCUCUUCUCAUCCAUUUUACUGUAAGAGGCGAAGGCAAGCUCGUUUUGAGCUGUUUGGAUUGUUACAUUUUACACUUUCAUGACCCCCUCCAGCCAACAUCUGCAUGUUUCCAAAACUCUGGAGUCUGAGACUUUGAUUGUCAUGAAGGAGUGUAUGCCUAAACAGCUUUCUGAAUAAUUUGGAUUAAACGAGAAUAUUUCUUACAAGAGAGACGUUGAAUGAUGUCUCCAACUCCAAUUGGAUUUUUAUUUCUGUUAGGAAGUCUCCAUGUGUGCUCAGGAUCUCGUCUGCGCCAAGAGGACACCCCACCCAGGAUUGUAGAGCACCCAUCGGACCUGAUAGUUUCCAAAGGGGAGCCCGCCACUCUCAACUGCAAAGCGGAAGGGCGGCCAACCCCGACUGUGGAGUGGUACAAGGAUGGAGAACGGGUGGAAACGGACAAGGACAAUCCCCGCUCUCAGCGUAUGCUGCUACCCAGCGGCUCCCUCUUCUUCCUCCGCAUUGUCCACGGACGGCGGAGCAAACCCGAUGAAGGAUCCUACGUCUGUGUCGCUCGCAACUACCUGGGAGAGGCAGUGAGCCACAAUGCCUCGCUGGAAGUAGCCCUUCUUCGUGACGACUUCAGACAAAACCCUGCAGAUGUGAUCGUGGCAGCUGGAGAGCCCGCAGUCCUGGAGUGCCAGCCUCCUCGCGGACACCCCGAACCCACCAUAUCCUGGAAAAAAGAUGGCAUCAAUAUUGAUGACAGAGAUGAAAGGAUCACUAGACGCGGAGGGAAGCUGAUGAUCACAAAUGCCCGCAAAAGCGACGCUGGGAAGUACGUCUGUGUCGGCACGAAUAUGGUUGGAGAACGUGAAAGUGAAAUAGCUGAACUGACAGUGCUGGAACGUCCCAGCUUCGUGCGUCGCCCCGGCAGCCAGGUGAUGUUAGUGGACCAAAGCGUGGAGUACAGAUGUGAAGCCCGAGGUGACCCAGUUCCCACCGUACGCUGGAGGAAAGAUGACGGUGAACUGCCCAAAGGAAGAUAUGAGAUCCGCGAGGACCACACCCUGAAGAUCCGUCGCCUGAUCUCGGCGGACGUAGGCUCCUACACCUGCGUGGCCGAAAACAUGGUGGGCAAAGCGGAGGCAUCGGCCACGCUCACCGUCCACGUGCCCCCUGCGUUUGCGGUUAGACCAAGAAACCAGGUGGUUGGAGUUGGCAGGACCGUCACCUUCCAGUGCGAGGCCACUGGAAACCCACAACCAGCCAUUUUCUGGCAACGGGAAGGCAGUCAGAACCUGCUGUUCUCCUCCCAACCGCCUCAACCCUCCAGCCGGUUCUCCGUGUCUCAGACCGGAGACCUGACCAUCACCGAUGCCGAGCGCUCAGACGUGGGAUACUACAGCUGCCAGGCCCUCAACAUCGCUGGAAGCGUGAUCACCAAAGCUCUGCUAGAGGUCACUGACGUCGUUUCGGACCGCCCGCCACCGGUAAUACGACAGGGUCCGACCAAUCAGACGGUGGCUGUGGACGGUACUGUGGUGCUGAACUGUGUGACAUCUGGUAACCCCACCCCCACCAUCCUGUGGAGGAAGGACGGUGUGUUGGUCUCCACACACGACUCCAGGGUCAAACUGUUGGACACAGGUGCACUGCAGAUACGCUACGCAAAGCUUAGUGAUACGGGCAUAUACACCUGCAUAGCCUCCACACCGAGUGGAGAGGCCUCGUGGAAAGCCUUUCUGGAAGUCCAAGAAUUUGGAAACCCAGUUCAACCAAACAGGCCUACCGACCCAAACCUGAUCCCCAGUGCUCCCUCCAAGCCCGAGGUUACGGACGUCACCCGCACCGCCGUCACUCUCUCAUGGAAGCCCAACCUCAACGCUGGAGCCACACCCACCUCCUACAUCAUCGAGGCCUUCAGUCACGCAUCGGGGAGCAGCUGGCAGACCUUGGCAGAGCAUGUGAAAACAGAGUCAUUCGUGCUGAAGGGCCUGAGGCCCAGUGCAGUCUACCUCUUCCUGGUGCGAGCAGCUAAUGCCUACGGGCUGAGUGAUCCCAGUCCCAUCACUGAUGCUGUGAAAAUACAAGAUGUCCCUCCCACCAGUCAGGGUGUGGACCAUCGUCAGAUCCAAAGGGAGUUGGGAGACGUGGUCGUCCACCUGCAUAACCCCACCAUCCUUUCCUCCUCGUCUGUUCGGGUGCAGUGGACGGCGGAGCAGCAGUCCCCGUACAUCCAGGGCUACAAGGUGAUGUACAGGCCCUCCCCAGAGGGACACCAGAGGAGCGAGUGGGCUGUGUUUGAGGUGCGGACCCCCGGGGAGGACAGCGCCCUCGUCACGCAGCUUCGGAAGGGCGUCACCUACGAAUUCAAAGUCCGCCCCUUCUUCAACGAGUUCCAGGGAGCAGACAGCGACGUCAAAAUCGGAAAGACGCUGGAGGAAGCCCCCAGUGCCCCUCCUCGGAAGGUCUCAGUGACAGAGAGUGGAGACAAUGGGACUGCCAUCGUCGUCUCCUGGCAACCCCCUCCAGAGGAGCAGCAGAACGGGGUGGUCCAAGAGUACAAGGUUUGGUGCCUGGGUAAUGAGAGCAGGUACCACAUCAACCGAACAGUUGAUGGCUCGACCCUAUCCGUGCUGAUUCCCAGCCUGGCCCCCGGGAUCCGCUACAGCGUGGAGGUAGCAGCCAGCACAGGAGCAGGGCCCGGAGUCAAGAGCGACAUCACCUUCUUCCAGCUUGAUUCGUCUGGACGAAUGACAGACUCCCCGGACGGAGAAAACCCACUGUCCCAGCAGAUCUCCGACGUAGUAAAGCAGCCGGCCUUCAUCGCCGGCAUCGGCGCUGCUUGCUGGAUCAUCCUCAUGGUCUUCAGUAUCUGGUUGUAUCGGCACCGGAAGAAAAGGAACGGCCUGUCCAGCAGCUAUGCAGGUAUACGCAAAGUGCCAUCUUUCACUUUCACCCCAACAGUUGCUUAUCAGAGAGGUGGGGAAGGCGUCAGCAGUGCUGGAAGGCCCGGUUUGCUAAACAUCGGAGAAUCUGCCACUCAGCCCUGGCUCGCCGACACGUGGCCCAACUCCUGCUCCAACCACAACGACUGCAGCAUCAACUGCUGCACUGCAGGCAACGGAAACAGCGACAGCAACUUGGCAACGUACAGCCGCCCAGCCGACUGUAUCGCCAAUUAUAACAACCAGAUGGAAAACAAACAGACCAACCUCAUGGUUCCCGAGUCGGGAGUUUAUGGAGAUGUAGACCUGUCCAACAAGAUCAAUGAGAUGAAGACCUUCAACAGCCCGAACCUUAAAGACGGCCGCUUUGUAGGUCCGGGGGGCCAGCCCACGCCUUACGCCACCACCCAGCUCAUCCAGUCCUCCAUCAUGGGCAACAACAUAAACUCAGAGCGAGGGACCGGAGGGAGUGGCGGCGGACUUGGGGGUGGAGGGGAAGUGAAUGAGAAACACUGCUGGAAGCCCACCUCGGUGCAGCAGCAGAAACAAGAACUGAGCUCCCAGCUGCAGUACAACAUCAUGGAGCAAAACAAGCUAAACAAGGACCGCUACAGAGGAGGGGACAGUCCCAUGCCGGCCACCAUCCCCUACAACCAGACUCACGACAGCCACACCGGGGGCUCGUACAACAGCUCUGACCGAGGCAGCAGCAGCACCUCUGGUAGUCAGGGUCAUAAGAAAGGAACACGCACCCCCAAAUUACCCAAACAAAGCACAAUGAAUUGGGCUGACCUUCUGCCCCCUCCUCCGGCAAACCCACCCCCAAGUCGAAGCACAGAGGAGUACUCUCUAUCGAUGGAAGACAGCUGUGAUCCAGACAUGCAGUGCUCCAUGCCUCCCUCUCACAUGUACCUGCAGCCUGAUGAGCUGGAGGAGGAAGAGGAGAUGGAGAGGGGGCCCACUCCUCCUGUCCGCGGGGCAGCCUCUUCCCCUGCUGCAGUAUCCUACAGUCACCAGUCCACAGCUACACUUACCCCUUCACCCCAGGAGGAGAUGCAGCCGAUGCUGCAGGAUCCAUCAAACAGCCAUGAACGGAGACGCCAUCCUAUGAGCCCCCCACCCCCUCCAAGACCCAUCUCCCCCUCACACACAUAUGGGUACAUCAGCAGCCCACUAGCCUUGGACACUGACGGUAUGGAGGAGGAGGAUAUACUAGAGGAGGAGGAGGACGGUGAUGACACAGAUGCAGAAGUGGCCAAGAUGCACUACCACCACACCCAUCCCCACACACACCCUCACCACCCCCAGAUGCAUGCACGAAGGCUGCUGCUACGAGGGCUUGAACAGACGCCUGCCUCCAGCAUGGGGGACUUGGAGAGCUCAGUUACUGGCUCCAUGAUCAACGGAUGGGGCUCGGCCUCCGAGGAGGACAAUGUUUCUUCAGGGAGGUCCAGCGCAGUCAGCUCAUCGGAUGGAUCCUUCUUCACAGAUGCCGACUUUGCCCAAGCCGUCGCCGCCGCUGCAGAGUAUUCAGGCCUCAGAGUGGCAAAAUACCCCAACUCACAGGGCCAGGAAGUGGGAGGAGCUUCAGCACGAAAAUACCAAAUAAACCAGUCGGGUCACCGUCCAAGCAGCCCGGUGUCUACAGACAGUAAUAUGAGUAUGGCAGCUAUACACAGGAGGCCUCCGAAAAAGCUAAAACAGCACCCUGCAGCAGCUCACCCGGGAAACCAGCGACGUGAAGCCUUCAGCGAAGAUCUCCCUCCACCACCCAUUCCACCCCCAGCAGUGCUCAAGUCUCCCACACAUCCCUCCAAGACAGCUUUAGAGGGUCGGGGAGUCAUUUCUCCCAAGGCAGCGGAAGGUCGAGACAAGCGAGGAGGAGGAAUGGGCGGCUAUCGGCCCCAGGAGGCCUCAGAUGCCAGAACCAGCUCAUCUGAACGCAGAGACGCCCAGGAGAGACAAAAGACUGCCCCGGCAGUGAAAGGGAGUAAACAUGAGAAUAGCAGUGCCAACAAGCCACGUCAGCACCCAGGCUCAGAGGACAUUCUGCCCUACAGCCGACCACAGUUCCCCACAGUCAACAGCACCCGCGACCCAAGCUCCUCCAGUUCCAUGUCCUCCAAGGGUUCAGGGGGCCGGCGGAGAGGGGAAGGAGGCCGCAGGAACCCUGCAGACAUGGGCCUUAACAGCUCUGCAGCCUUCCAACCAGAAGAUGACGAACUAGAGAUGGCAGAAAGCUGAAGAAGAAGGGAAGAAAACGAGGAACUGUUUAGAUUUUUUCAAGAGUGGAGCACCACCUCUUACAAUUUAAAAAAAAAAAAAGAACAAAAAAAAAGAAAUCUCAGUAUUUCUCUAUGUUGGCUGCCAUCAUACUGUACAUCAGUAAUGUUUCUUUCCAUCUGGAAAACAGACCAAUGUUGUUUUUUUUCUUAUCAUUUUAUAUGUCCGGUUAAAAAGAAAAAAAAAGUGGAACGAGUGAAGACAAAAGAACGAUGCAUUCAAAAACAAAGUGGUAUAUUUAUGUUAAAUUCCAAUGCAAUAUGGAGUGACAUCUUGCUCCAGACAUUGACAUGACUCAGCUUGCCUUGACAGGAACUUUGGAGAGCCCGAGCAGUAAGAUGUUACUGUAACAAACACCUGCAAGCAGAGAGGGGUGAACUGUCUGUAAAUAUACGUGUCUACAUGAUGUCUUCUUGUUUUACCCAUUGUGGUACCUCAAAAUUGUCUUCCUUGUUUUGUUUUGCAGAUUAUAAUUUUAUUAUGCCAGUAAAUAUAAUUAUUUUAUCAUUUCCAUCCAUGUUGUAAAUUGCUAUAUAAUUUAGCUGCCCAAUAAAGUGCCACUUUGGGUCUUUUUUUUUUUUUCUUUGUUUUUGUAAUGCACUGUUGUUAUGUUCUGUGUUGUCAUUGAUGUUUUUGUUUUACUUUGGUUUUAAAAGCACAAUCACUAAACUUUAUUUUAAACCAUUCUAUCUAUUAACCUUUUUGUCUUACUGGAGGAAAAAAGGUUUGGCAAAAGAGCCUAGUUAAUCCUGAUGAUGAUGUAGGGGAAGGUUGCUUCUUAACAAAAAGGCUGUGCUUGAAAGGAGACUCCUUACCUUGUGAUUGUCUCCCUCUCCAGUUCUGACGCGAGCUCAAGUGAUGACAAAGACAGUUAAUGUGAGUCAUAGCUGCAAUGUAAAUAUACUUUUCACAAUAACCACAAAAAUCAGCUAUUGCACAUUAAUCAAAAUAGUCGUGUUGCCUACGAAUGCACUUAAAUGAAUGUCAAAUACAGGAAAUACGUCACUUUGAGAAUCUGGAGAGGUUGUAACUGGACAAGAAGAGUCUCUUUUCUUGGGGAAAGGGCUGCUGGAGCCCCGUUUUAAGAAGAAAGGGUGCUGUUGUUUAAUAGGACAUCUGCAAACAUUUGUUUCGUAAAGCAAAAAAAGUAAAAAGAACUGAAAAAAAAGACAAAUAAAAAAGUUGAA